AUGAAGGGUUUAGCAGAACUGACAGUGCAGCCACUCAACAACAAACUCACCAAUAUCCGCAUCAACUGUAGACAAUGCAAAAUUGAGAAAGCGUUUGUCAAUGAUAUGCCAGUUGAAUUCGAAUACAACGAUGCGGUAUCAGAUCUCACAUUGGGUGCCAACACAUCCAUCUCACAUCACCAAGUCUACAAAAGCCGCUAUAUGAAUGCGCUUCGAGAUGCAGACGAGGGCGAAUUGAUUGUGAAAUUACCUGCUAAUUGCAUCAAUCAGGUCUCUGAAUCAGAAGCUCAAUCCAUCAAUAAAACCACAACAUUCUUAAACUCACAGCCAGAAUCCAAACCACAAACACCACAACUACCUACACCAGCAGAGGGGUCUACAUCAGCAGCAGCAGCAACAGCAACAGCAACGACAGCCCCUCCUCAGCCGGAAGAAGUCGAACCAACAUACAACACCAUUGUCAUUCGCAUUGAAUACACACUGGAAGAUCCACGCAACGGUGUUGUUUAUGUGCAGAAAGACGACGAGAUUGCGCCCUAUCGGUCCAACCACGUAUAUACUGUUAAUCAACCAUUGCCUGGAGCCACUCGAUCUUGGUUGCCAUGCAUUGACAGAAUCUCAGAGCGUUGUACUUGGGACAUGGAAUUCAUUGUGCCUCGAAAAGACGAUGGAGCGGCAGUGCCAGAAUAUGACGGGGAGGGAUCUUUUGACGAAGCAAACGGCAUCAUGGUGGUGUGCAGUGGCGAUAUCAUUGAGCAAGUGAUCCAUCCUACCGACAACUCAAAAAAGAUUGUGCACUACAACUUAUCCGUACCCACGCCUGCACCAUUCAUUGGAUUUGCGAUUGGACCCUUUGAAAUGAUCAAAUUAUCGCCAUCACAGUUGCAAGAGGAAGUCAUGACAGCGGCUGAUUUGGAUGAAAAUCAACAACAGAGUCUGAUGGCUGAAAUCAACAUGAUGUCAAAUAUCUAUGCUUUUGCCUUGCCAGGUUUGGAAGAGGAAUUAAGCGUGAGCUGCAGUUUUCUGAUGCAUGCCAUGCAUUUCUAUACACAAGAAUAUGGAUCCUACCCAUUUUCAGACUACAAGCUUGUCUUUGUGGAAGAUACGUGGGCAGACACAGCGUCAAGUGCUUCUUUGGCUAUUUGCAGCUCGCGAUUACUGCAUCCAGUCGAAAUCAUUGACCAAAUAUACAGCACCAGACGAGAACUGAGUCAAGCACUAGCGAGACAGUGGUUUGGCAUCUACAUAGUGCAAAAGUCAUGGCCCGAUACUUGGCUGGUGCGUGGUUUAGCCAACCUCAUGGGCUCCCUGUUCAUUAAGCGACAUUUAGGCAACAACGAGUAUCGCCUGCGUUUGAAGAAGGACAUGGAAUUAUGCUGUAUGCUAGAUGUGAACCGACCACCUGUCUAUAACCCAGCACUACCUUACCCUCUUGAUCCUGAAGAUCUUGAUUUCAUUGAACUGAAGGCUCCUCUGGUGAUUUACAUGCUGGACAAGAGAAUGUGCAAAGGCGGUGGCACGCUUGGCCUAUCUCGAGUGUUACCCAAGAUUCUGGUGUCUGCUAUGAGUGGUGAAUUGGCCCAGAAUGCCAUCAGCACACACUAUUUUCUCAGAUUAUGUCGAAAAGUCAGUGGUUUUGACACCAAGGUCUUUGCAGAACAGUGGAUCUAUCGCAGCGGCUGUCCCAAAUUCUCCUUUUCGUUCUUAUUUAACCGCAAAAAGAUGGUAGUAGAGAUUUUUAUGCGACAAGAAAACACCAAUACCCCCUUGGCAUUGAGUCAGGAGCAAUCAGGCGGCGGCAUCGAUGGCAGUACAGCCAACUACCAAGAACUGAUGGCGCCUCUCUUUACUGGCAAUCUAACUGUGCGUAUUCACGAAGCAGACGGUACACCGUACGAGCACAUUCUCGACAUUCAGUCCACAGAACACAAGUUUGAAGUGCAAUUCAACACCAAAUACAAGCGUAUCCGUAGAAACACCAAGCGUUUCCUGGCGAAACAAGCAGCGGCUGCUGCUGCUGUAGCUGAAGAAGAGCAGGAAAACGAAGAGGGUGGAGACGGUACCACUGUGCUGGGUAUUAUUCCUAGCCUGGGUCUGGGUAUGCCCAUCUUUGAAGACGCCGCACAGAAGAAGGAGUGGAAGAUCAUUGAAUGGGGUCAAGAUGAAGAGGAUACCAGUGGUGCUGCCAGUGCCAUGUUUGAUUGGAUUCGUCUGGAUGCUGAAUUCGAGUGGUUGUGUAUUUGUGAAUUCAAGCAACCUGAUUACAUGUGGGCUGCUCAACUGACCAAGGACCGUGAUGUGGUUGCUCAGCAUGAAGCCAUUGACGCUUUAAAGCACAUGCCUUCGCUGCCUACUUCCACCAGUUUAUUACGUGCUGUACUGGAUCCAAAGUGCUUUUACAAGAUUCGUAUGGAGGCUGCUUACGGUUUAGCUUCGUGUGCCAAGGCGAGUUUGAACUGGGUAGGCUUGCAUCAACUGAACAAAAUGUUCCAAAAGAGAUACUGUUUCCCUGUCAGUAGCUUUGCUCAACAGCAAAUGGAGCAAGAUGAUUUGCCCAUCACCAACUCGAUUCCCAAGCCCAACAACUUCUCCAACCUGCCAGACUACUUUAUCCAAAAAGCAACAGUGGUAGCCUUCUCUCAAAUCCGUGAUGAACGUGGUUUGACGCCUGUGCGCAUCCGUCAGUUCUUGCUGGACCUCCUCAAGUAUAAUGACAAUAUUGGAAACGAGUUCUCUGAUUGCUACUAUGUCGCUACUCUGGUCUCUUCUUUGGGCGAUUCCCUGAUACCCGCAUCCGACAAGCCCAAUGCCAUUGAAAUGGACGAUUUCGAAGGUGAACAAGUAACGGCUGCUGCGAAGGCUGAAAUUGAGCGUUUUAGAACACUGGACUAUGUGAUCCCUACAUACCACAACAUCAUUACCGUGACAUGCUUACGUACCAUGACCAAAUUAAUGCUCAAAAACCUGCUGCCUGUCAACAUACCUUUGUUCAUGCAGUACACACGCUACGGCAACUAUCUCGAGGUGCGUUUAGCGGCUAUUGACAGUCUGUUUAUUCUUUGCGGUCUCUCUGAUCAUACAUUGAACCAUUAUUUGCUGGAUGUCGUCAAGGAGGAUCCGUGUGUCUAUGUGUCGCAUUACGUUGCUCGUGCCAUGUUGGCUUGGUUGGGCCUUGCCAUGAGAGAGAGCUCGGAUACACCUGUAGUCACCAAUCGAUUUGUAGAGGAAUUCGCUGAAGAGGAGGGUCGCGUCGUGAUUGAUGAUGAGCGUGGGCCUGUAGAAAAGACACCACAACAGCAGUUCCAAGCGUCCAUUGAGAGUUUGAGAAAGCGCUUUGAAAAUGACACUGUGUUGCAAGAGAACUUGUGGAAUCUACUCAACUCUUCGGAAAACACCAAGCUGGAUCAUUGCAUACGAAAGUAUUUGCUUCAGUUCUGUGAGUACAUGUUCAAGCCAAUCGAUGUGGGUCUCAAGGUGACUAUCCGUGUACCCACAUUGCCAUCUACGCAUGAUAUGGGCGAAGAUACAUCAGAACCUUCUACACCUACGUCAAAUCCAGUAAUCCGUUUCAGCAAGCCCAAGCAGAAGCCCGAAGAGAAAGCCUCCAAAUCACAUAAAAAGGCCAACAGCAUUGUCAUCAAGACAGAAUCAAUAUCUCAACAAGUACCAGAAGCAGCCACUGCAGCCACAUCAUCAGCACCCUCUACUCCUAAUGCUGCUGCUGCUGCUGCUGCUGCUGCAUCCAAAGCGGCUACCUCUCCCGUCUCCAUCGACUCGAGUGAGCACAUGGACAUUGAGCAUGUUGAGCCCACGCUUGACUAUCCUCCCUUCCAGCCCAUGGAACACACGCCAUCACCACCGCCACCUCCUCCACCACCAAAGAUCAAGCACAAAAAGGUGGACAGUGCCACAGCUGAGGAGCUCAAGAAAUGCAGACGCGUUAUCAACAAACUAAACAAGUCAAGUGCUGCUUUACCCUUCACUGUGCCUGUGGAUGAAGAAUUGGACGGUGCUCCUGGCUACUACCAGAUGAUCACACACCCCAUGGACUUGGGCCAAAUCAAGAGCAAAGUGGAAAACAAGGAAUACAAGCUAUUCAGUCAGUUUGAGGACGAUGUGCGCUUGAUGUUGAGUAACUGCUUCAAGUACAAUGGGCCUGGUACAUUUGUAUACAAUGCUGGUAUGGAACUGGAGGCUACGUUUGAAAAGGAACUUUCCAAUUUGCGUGGCAAGGCAGAUGAGGAGACACAGAAUAUGACGAUUGUCGAAAGUCCUGUAACUACACCUCGCACUGGGCAUCCCUCGUUGCCCCCUUCUUCCUUGUCUACAUCUGUCGCUGCACCAACCAGCAGCACUCUCAGUACUGCCCCUACGCCCUCUUCCAUUGUCAUUAAACCUCCCAAGCCUGCUAAAGCGAAAUCCUUUAGCACGGUGGUAUCUUCUGCACCACCUGUACAGCCACAACAGCCGGACUAUUUCUCUAUGUCUCCUUCCAUGUCAUCUCCUGGCCCAGCCCAGUCUCCUGUCGAAAGAAAAAAGUCAAUGACACCUGUAGUCGACGUCCACAACUCCAGCCACAAGGCAAAGACAUCUUCCGUUGAGCCCAAAUCCAACUACGAUCGUAUGACAGAGAAGGAAAAGAUGUCUGCUGUUCUCAACAAGACCAUGAGCAGUGAUCAUGCUUACGAGUUUUUGCGACCUGUGGAUCCCAUCAAGCAAGGAAUUCCUCAGUACACCAAGAUCAUCAAGCACCCUAUGGAUCUGGGUACUAUCAAGUCGCGCCUGGUCAACCAUCAGUAUCCUAAUGCGCAAGCCAUGGAUAGCGACAUGCGUCUAAUGUUUAGAAACUGUUACACAUUCAAUCCGCCCAACACGUAUGUCUACGACAAGUCAAAACUACUGGAGGAAGACUACAACAAAGUGUGGAAGACUUACUUUGGCUCUGUGCGUCGUGGAUCUACAACGACGACAGACAAGAAGCCAAAGGAAAAGCACGCGACACCACCUGUGGCAUCGCCUGUGGCUGUCUCUUCCAGUAGCAGCACUGUGCCUGCGAUUAAGAUCAAGGCGUCCACUUCGAGUUCCUCGUCUGCUGUCAAAUCUCCAAAGGCACCCAAAGCGCCCAAAUCUCAUCCUACAGGCUCCUCGGACGCUGUAUCCAUAACUGCAUCGCACGAAGCUCACAGUGAUUACAAAGCACCUUCUCCUUCUGUCAGCAGUAGCCAUCCUACUAUCGAAAAGCCCUCUAAGCCCAAGGCAAUCUUCAAUCCUGCCAUGACCGAGAGCAAUCAAAAGCGCUGCGAGCGUAUUUACAAGAAACUGUACUCGCAUCAGGCAUGCCAGCCUUUCUAUGAGCCUGUUGACGCCGUUGCACUCAACAUUCCUCUCUACUACACUGUCAUCAAGCGUCCCAUGGACAUGUCUACCAUUCGCAAGAAGCUGGAUCAAGGUCAAUACCAGACAAUCUGGGAGUUUGAAUUGGAUGUUCGUCAAAUCUUCUGGAACUGCAACGCCUUUAAUGACAAUGAGUCCUGGGUGGCCAAGCAAUGUGUUGCUUUAGAGGCCUUCUUUAAUCAGAUUUGGUCUGCUGAAUUUGCUCUUCCCAACGCACUCAAGGGCGAAGAAUUGAAAUUGGCCCAAAAGGUGAUUAACAAGCUGACAUUGCAUGAUCAAGCUGCCCUGUUCAACGUGCCUGUGGAUCUGGAGUCCUUGCCCGACUAUGCUCUCAAGAUCAAACAGCCCAUGGAUCUGCGUACCAUCUGGGAAAAAUUAGAAAGUGGCAAAUAUACUAGCCUCAAGGCCGUAGAUCAAGAUGUGCGAUUGGUCUUCAAAAAUUGUUUCACUUACAAUGCCCCUGGUACCUAUGCUAGUGAUGCAGGAAAGAAACUGGAAAAGUAUUACCACAAUAUCAGUCGAGAAAUGAGAAAUCGUAUUGCGACGGCUAGCAGCGGCAGUAGUGCCUCGACUGGAUCUGCUGUCAGUGCAUCUCCCAAACGCCCACAUUCCUCAUCGCCUGCACCUCCCAAGAUGGCGGCUUCAACCUCUACACUCUCCACAGACGCUGCUCCUGCUCCCAAAAAGGUCAAGGUUGUUCACGCAAAGCCAAUUGUGGAUGCUACCCAUUUUUCUCCCACUGUGCCAUCUCAAUACGACUACAUGGACGUGGAUUCUGCUUCGCCUGCUGUUGUAAAGUCGCCUUCUGUUGUCAGAUCGCCCUCAGUCAGCAAAUCGUCGCCUGUGCCUAAACCAUCCAAACCAACGUCAUCAUCGCAUGCAGUGUCUAACGCGUCUCCUUCAGUCGCUGCUCGAUCACCAGCAAAUGAUGCUCCUGUAAAAUUACACCCAUCUUUACAAGCCAAGAUGGAAUCUCUUGUACAUAAACUCAUGAAUCGCAAAGAAUCGUAUGGUUUCCAUACUCCUGUGGAUCCUGUUGCAUUUAAUAUUCCCCACUAUCCCAGGCUCAUCAAACAUCCCAUGGACUUUGGCACCAUGCUUACAAAACUCCAACAGGGCCAAUACAAGACAGUAAAAGAGUUCGAAAGCGACAUGCGUCUCAUCUUUACCAACUGCUAUACAUUCAACGGCUUCGAUCACGUUUUGUCUCAAAAUGCGAAAAUCUUGGAGCAAAUUCUCAACAAAGAAGGACCCAACUUGAGAAGAAAAGAAGAGCAGUUGAGAAACGCAGCAUCUGGUUCGCCUUCAUCUCAUCAUACACAUGGCCAUGGUCAUAAAUCAUCGUCAUCAUCAUCAGCAGACAUUCCUAGAAGCGUGUCGCCUACAGAAGCUGAGCUUCGCAAGUACCAAUCCGUCUUGGACAAGAUACAAACACAUCCAUCCUACUAUGCUUUUGGUGCUCCUGUGGAUGCUGAACUACUUGGUAUCCCCACGUAUCAUGAAAUUGUCAGACGGCCCAUGGAUUUUGGUACCAUUCGUCAUCGCUACAUGAGUGGCGGCUACGAUAAUGCAAACCAGCUUUUACGUGAUGUCAAGUUGGUGUUUUACAAUUGCUACCUGUUUAAUUUACCUGAUGAUGUUGUGACACAGAUGGGUCGUGAUUUGCAAACAGAGUUCAAUAGAUUGAGUAGAGCAAGAGGGCUUCGUACAAUCAGUGUGGAUGAUAUAGCAAGAGAAGCAGCUGAAGCCAGGCCCGAUGUCCCACUCAUGGAAACUUACAAUUAA